AUGAGAGAUUGGGAAUGUGAGAGCAUUUUGGAAGAGAAAAGGUGGUGGAUGAUGAUAGAUAUGGAUUGGGGAGUGUGUUGGAGCCCUUUUUGGGUUGAGGAGUUGAAGAGCGAGAGAGCUUUGAGUGCAGCCAAAACUACUCAUAUGACUCUGAAAAACAGCUACAGGAAGGGGAAGGCAUGGCCAAGAGUAACAAGGGUCUGGGUUUGUUUCAACUUUCACGCGAAGACGAGGAAGGAAAUCGAGAGGAUUAGGGUCCUCUCGAGCACAUUCACUCCUGUUUUACAUAGAACCAAAUGCUUGGGAGAAUUCAAAACAAGUCAAUCUCAAGAUGGAAGAUCAUCUGAAACAGUAGCUGCAUCUCAUCUCAUUUCUCAUACCACCCAAGCCCCUGUUGAAGCAGAGCUCCUUCGUAGCAAUCCUUGA